GGGCCGCCGCUCGCUGCGCCCGCGGCCUCCGCCGGAGCCAUGGGAGUCCCGGCCUUCUUCCGCUGGCUCAGCCGCAAGUACCCCUCCAUCAUCGUCAACUGCGUGGAGGAGCGGGCUAAAGAGUGCAAUGGUGUCAAGGCUCCAAUUGAUACCAGCAAACCUAAUCCUAAUGAGGUGGAAUUUGAUAAUCUGUACUUGGAUAUGAAUGGUAUAAUCCACCCUUGUACACACCCUGAAGACAAGCCAGCACCCAAAAAUGAAGAUGAAAUGAUGGUUGCCAUUUUUGAGUAUAUUGACAGGAUCUUCAACAUUGUAAGACCAAGGCGACUUCUUUACAUGGCUAUAGAUGGAGUAGCUCCACGUGCAAAAAUGAAUCAGCAACGGUCACGAAGAUUCAGAGCAUCAAAGGAGGGAAUGGAAGCUGCAGAAGAGAAGCAAAAAAUAAGACAAGAAAUUCUGGCAAAAGGUGGCAUUCUUCCUCCAGAAGAAGUGAAAGAGAGAUUUGACAGCAACUGUAUUACCCCAGGAACUGAGUUUAUGGACAAUCUUGCUAAAUGUCUCCGCUAUUACAUUGCUGACCGUUUAAACAGUGACCCGGGCUGGAGAAAUUUGACGGUUAUUUUGUCUGAUGCUAGUGCUCCUGGUGAAGGUGAACAUAAAAUCAUGGAUUAUAUUAGAAGACAAAGAGCUCAGCCAAACCAUGACCCAAACACUCAUCACUGUCUCUGUGGAGCUGAUGCUGAUCUAAUCAUGCUUGGAUUAGCAACACAUGAACCAAAUUUCACUAUAAUUAGGGAAGAGUUUAAACCAAAUAAACCCAAACCAUGUAGUCUUUGUAACCAGAUGGGUCACGAAGUUAAGGAUUGCCAAGGCUUGCCCAGAGAAAAACAAGGCAAGCAUGAUCAGUUUGCAGACAGUCUUCCUACCUCUGAACAAGAAUUUAUCUUCAUUCGACUCUGUGUUUUGCGAGAGUAUUUGGAAAGAGAACUCACCAUGGCCAGUUUACCUUUCACCUUUGAUUUCGAAAGAAGCAUUGAUGACUGGGUUUUUAUGUGCUUCUUUGUGGGAAAUGACUUUCUUCCUCAUCUGCCAUCUUUGGAGAUCAGGGAGGGAGCAAUUGAUCGCUUGGUUAACAUAUAUAAAAACGUGGUGCACAAAACUGGGGGAUACCUCACAGAAAGUGGUUUUGUCAACCUGCAGCGAGUCCAGAUGAUCAUGUUAGCUGUUGGGGAAGUUGAAGAUAGUAUUUUCAAAAAGAGAAAAGAUGAUGAUGACAACUUCAAAAGACGACAAAAAGAAAAAAAAAAAAGAAUGAAGAGAGAUCAUCCUGCUUUUAUUCCUGGUGGACAGUUUUCCCCUCAAGCCCUGGGAAAUCGAUCGAGUCCUCAGGCAAUCAGCAGCCCUCGACAGGCCGCCUACGAGAUGAGGAUGCACGACCGGCAGAACUCUAUAACUUCCCCGUCUCCAAACACCAGCCUCACUUCUGACGGCAGCCCGUCCCCGGCAGGAGGAAUUAAGCGAAAAGCUGAAGACAGUGACAGUGAACCUGAGCCAGAGGAUAAUAUCAGGUUAUGGGAAGCUGGUUGGAAGCAACGCUAUUAUAAAAAUAAAUUUGACGUUGAUGCAUCCGAUGAGAAAUUCCGUCGCAAAGUUGUGCAGUCCUAUGUUGAAGGGCUUUGCUGGGUUCUCAGAUACUAUUAUCAGGGCUGUGCAUCCUGGAACUGGUAUUACCCUUUUCAUUAUGCCCCCUUUGCUUCAGACUUCGAGGGCAUCGCAGACAUGCCCUCAGAUUUUGAAAAGGGCUCCAAACCGUUCAAGCCUCUUGAACAACUCAUGGGAGUGUUUCCAGCUGCAAGUGGAAAUUUCCUGCCACCAACCUGGAGGAAGCUCAUGACAGAUCCUGAAUCAAGCAUAAUUGACUUCUACCCUGAAGACUUCGCUAUUGAUUUAAAUGGGAAGAAAUAUGCUUGGCAAGGUGUUGCUUUGCUGCCGUUUGUUGAUGAGCGACGUCUUAGAGCUGCCCUGGAAGAAGUCUAUCCUGACCUCACUCCUGAAGAAAACAGAAGAAAUAGCCUUGGUGGUGAUGUUCUCUUUGUUGGGAAGCAUCAUCCACUUUGUGAUUUUAUUGUGGAACAGUACACGUCCAAAAAUGAAGAGCCAGUGGAUAUACCACCAGAACUGUGCCAUGGAAUCCAGGGAAAACUGACACUCAAUGAAAAUGCAGUUCUUCCAGAUCAGGUAGUGGAGUCUCCCGUUCCAAUGUUACGUGAUCUCACACAAAAUUCUGCAGUCAGUAUCUCUUUCAAAGAUCCACAAUUUGAUGAAAACUUUGUUUUCAAGGCGACAGUGCUACCUGGUGCCAAGAAACCUCCCCCAGUCCUUAAGCCAGGAGACUGGGAAAAAACUAACAAUGAUGGUCGGCCGUGGAGACCACAGCUUGGUUUUAAUCGCGACAGGAAGCCGGUACAUCUGGACCAGUCGGCGUUUAGAACCUUAGGCCAUUCAAUACCAAGGGAAAGAGGGAUGCCAGGAAUGUAUGCCAACGCGGUACCGCUUGCAGCUUAUGGGAACCCCUACAACAGGCCACUUCUGAGCGGGCAGCAGCAGAUUCCUAAAUUGUUGUCAAAUCUUAGGCCCCAAGAUUCAUGGCGAGGUCCGACRCCGCUGUUUCCGCAGUCGCCCCAAAGGAGCGCCGGGGCCGCCCCUCUCCUCGCUUGGAACCGCAUGCUGCCGGCCCAAGGACAGUACCAGCCGAGCCAGUACCAGGCCCUGGGCGGACCAAUGAACUACCCACAGAGACCCGAAGAUCGCAUGGACAGGGGAAGACAGGCCUACGGCCCAGGGAGGCCCUACCCGCUGCCGCCGCCCGCGGGGAGAUACAGCUGGAACUAGCCGGGAGAUAGAGCUGGAACCAGCCCUCCGCCCCACCGGCUCUCCUUUCCUUUAGAGAAGGAUCGAAAAGAGUGCGAGGGUUUUUUUUUUUAAUUAAAUGGGGUGGGGAAAAUGGAAUCCCGCAACCAGCCCUGUAGUUUUUAAAUCUAUCCUUUUUGUGUACAUUUCUUACAGAAACGAUUUUUUUUUUUCUCCUGGGAGGCUCCUGUGGCUGCARUGGGGCAUGUGGGGGGCGGCGGGUCAGGACGAGCGCCCGUGCGCGGUUCUGCCUCGUCCUACGAGUUGCUGCAUCCCCCCAGCCACUGCACACGGGAUUUUUAGCAGCGCGGCGGCCACGGAGCUGCCGGCACCUCUGCAAAUUUCUCACAAAAGAAAAAAAUAGGGGAAAAAAAAUGGAACCAGCUUUGGGACUUUGCGGUAAAACAUUUCCACUUGUACAACUUGUGCCAGCUCUUGACUCUGUUCUUGUAACAUAAGCGAGGCCCGAGUCUGUAUUUGUCCAUUUUGAUAUCUAAUUUAAAAUAGCUACUCAAUGCAUAAUUUCCAUCCUUUUUUAGUACACUUUCUCGAUAUAUAUUUUUUUUGG